AACACUAUGCCUGUCGGAGAUGCAGCGAAGGAGCUGUUUAUGUACAACAGGGAGAAUUGGAAGUUCAACACUGAGCUCCGACAGAAGAACAUUUAUCAACAGCAGAAGAUGCGUGUGAGGCAGGUCGACCUUUACCGUCAGGACCUGCGGGAUCUUUUCGGCCUCACCAUACUAAAAAUGGACAACUACCUGAUAAUGAAUACGAUACUACUGGUGCUGACGAUAGAGAUGUUCUACAAGGGUCGGGCCCCCGAGCUGACUCCAAACUGGCUCUUCUGGCCGUAUGCUAUCACUAUGGGCGCGGCUAUAGUCAAUCUCGCACUGUCUAUAUGGUUAUCACUGCAUGCAUCAGUGUACGCCCAAGUCUUCAGCGUUCGCUCUCUCACACAAUGGCUUCGUUUGCCCGUCCCCAGUGCCCAAGAAGUAGCCGAUGGAGCCGCCCGCCUGAAGGACUUCGAAAGCAACGGAGUGACAUCAUUUCUGCGAGUGCCGGUAAUUUUAGAACAAGUUAGAGAUAAAGCGCACACUGAUCUCCCGGAACCUCUCCGAACUAAGCCGUCGAGUCUUGCCAAUGGAACGCCCGAAAAAGGCGUCCGCGACCUGACAACAGAUUGGGAGGUCUUCCUGGCUCACUUCAACCUCUUUAACUUGAUGCAUGCGAAAUGGCAGGGACACGAGGCGUACUCGAGAGUCACUAUGUGCUGGGGUACCAAUCAGAUGUUAUUCGCCUUUGCCUACUUCACGCUUGCCUUCUACGGCGUCUUCUUCGGAAACAGAAUAGCAGCAUACGCUUUUGUACUCAUCAUGACAUUAUGCUCCUACAUCCAUAUUGGUGUCAAUACUGUGCUCUCCGACCGGGAGAGAAUAGUCAUGAUGACCCUUUCAUUUGGUGCUGUCGUCACACAAAGUGUCGCUGUGGGUUGGCAUGAUAUCAAUGUUAGUAUUCUGCAAACGAGUGAGCGGAGCGAAGUCGUGGUUUUGGUCACCACUCCAGCGGAAAUCUGGAUAGGAAUCAGUGGUGUGGUCCUGUCCAUGUUUUGGCAGGCGUUUUUCAUUUACCUCUGUCAGCGAGAUGCCGAUGGUCUACCGUAUAAGUUCUCUACUGUGUGGUGUAUUGACGUAUUGGGCUUCGGUGUGGAGGCCAUACAGGAGGUUGCCGAGCCGAUGGCCCAGCCUAGACUCAGUGAGAAAGGGCAUUUGAAAUUGCCGAGUAUUCCCAUGGGAGGUCCAUCGAAUGACUAUCGCACUGCGAGGGAUUAUGAUGAAGUAUUGCCGUUCGUGGCAGCAGAGGCGGAUGACGGGUGUCGCGAAUAUGACAUUUCGGAGGAGUUGCGGAGGGCCUGUAGACGAUGUGAGAGGAGCCUUGAUCGCCUCUUUCGUUAUUGGGAUGCUCAGCGACAGGACUUGUCCAAUGAAGAUAAGAGCAAGCUAGACGAGUUGAAGUCACAAUUCGAAGUCCAGCGUAUAGCCUUGGCCGCUGCCCUAGAGGCUGAGCAGGGGCGUGGUGACGCGACGCCGGGCACGCCCUUCAACCCAGUGGGGGGCUGGGUCACUCUGGAGCACGUUACGGAGACAGGGGAAACAUUACCGUAUCAUUUAAACACUGAAACGGGGGAGAUUCAGUGGGAUACGUCUCGGACUCUGGGCUUGCGACGCGGUAUGUCGUUACUACCCGACGAGUUGGCGGAGUUGAUGGCAAGGACUAGAGCGUUGCAAGAAGCGCACAAGGCCCAGGGACUUGACAUUCUGAACGAUCCCAGGACUACUGUUCGACGAGCAAGAAUGCCUUUCAUGUUCACUCGUCUAUUAAAUGUAACUAUUCUGCUGUGCUGGGCAGUAGCAGUCGUGGUCUUGGCCAUCAACACAGUCGAUCCUGAGCUUAUCGCUGAUGGUUUGUUGGAUAUACCCAUCGCGGCUAUUCCUGUUGACAAUCACACUGACGACCACCAUAGGCUUCUCGCUAGGCGGGAAGGAUGGUCUUUGGUGAGGCUGGAAACGGGAGUUAAUUCUGUGGCGCGUGACGGAAAUGUGGUAUAUGUGGCGACACUAUUCUCGGCGUACAUUCUCAAUAAAACCACACUGCACGAGAUCGAUUGUGGUACUUCUGGUGUGACGGUAAUCGAUGACCUCCUAGUGUUGAACGGUGGUGUGUGGGAGCUAUUUAAAUACAACCGUACUAACUACCAAUUCGACUAUGAGCUGAACCAGGAUCGAGUUUAUCACACGCAGAAGAUGCGCGUUGAACAGGUUGACCUUUAUCGUGAGGAUGUAAGAGAUCUUUUCGAGUUGACUAUUGGCAAGAUGGAUACGUAUAUUGUGGUUAAUACACUCACAUUGGGCUUCGUCGUUGGCUUUUUCUAUGAAGGCCGAUUACCUGAGGACGGGACUCCAGCGUGGUUGGUGUGGUUGUGGGGUAUGCAUUUGAUAUGUGCUAUAUUCUUCCUAUUGCUAUCGGUAUGGUUUGCUAUUCAUGCUUCUAUUGUGGCCCAGACGUUUAAGGCGCGUGUGCUCACCCAGUGGAUGCGUCUGCCUAUUCCUGGCGAGGACGAGAUUAACCCUAUAGCUGCUCGGUUGCAGGACUAUGAGACCAGCGGUGUGAAAAGAAUGUUUAGGAUACCAGUUGUUGGCUAUUAUAUCCCCGGCAAGAAGUAUACGACUGGGGUUGAGGCUAAGGAGGCAUUUCCCGCCCAGUUGAAUACGGAAGAUCCAGAUGCGGCGGAGUAUAACGUAUUUGUUGAGCAUUUCUAUCUAUACAAUAAACUACAAGAGCAUUGGAAUGGCUUUGAUGCCUAUGCUAGAGUGUGCAUGGUCCUUGGUGCCAAUCAGUUCCUGCAUGUGAUCAGUUACAUGGGUCUCGCCUACUACAUGGUCCAAUAUCAUUUCUGGGGUACUUGGGUUUUCGUGGUCCUUCCUAUGGCUUUCGCGUUGGCACAUGAGAGGAUGAAUCUACUGCUAAACCCAUGGGAGCAAUUGACGCUAGCUGCUCUACAGAUCAUUGGUCCAUUCCUGGCGGGCCUAUGUGCUAGCUUUACCAUCGGUUACAAUAUGGGUCAGAUUAGUGCCAAUGAGGCUAUCGUCGCUGGCGAGCCGGUGGAUACGAGUUAUGAGACUUACUUGACCGCUGUCAAUUACAUAUCACCGGUAUCGUACAUCAUCCAUAUGCUCUGUAUAGGGUAUUUGAUGUCCAUGGCGGUGGAGCCCGAUGGAUCUUUGCCGACUAAGUUCUCGACGGUUAUCCAGAUUGACGUGCUCGGCCUGAAGAAGGAUGAGGAGGAGGAGGAAGCGAACAAUACGAGUCUUGAAUCAAGGCUGGAUGCAUCUAGGAAGAAGUCUGCUGCUAAGCUCGAGAGGGCGGCCACUGACCUCAUCCCUCAGGCCCCUAUGGUUAAGCAUGCUCAGAGUAUUAGAAAGCUGAAGAGUAGCAGACACAAUAUGGAUUCGUUUGCUAGUGAGGGAUCGCAGAUCUCGCAGGAGGGUGGUGCUAGGAUAACUAGGCAGAAAACUACAUUACCGUUGCAUUAUACGGAGGAGACACAUGAAAGGAUCACAUACGGUACGGAGGAAGGGGCUAGGGUACCUAGAAGUUUAACCCAAGAUGUUAACGAGUUGGCAAGUGGUCGCCCGAUGGGCUUGCUUGCUGGGGAGGGGGAUAAUAAUGAGACUUUUGCUGAGGCGAAUACGAAGGCGAUGACUUUGCCGUGGAGGAGUUUCAAGGCGGGCGCUGGGGUUAUUACGUUGUUGUGGUUGUGGGGAAUUAUAUAUGCGUUUAUCGUUGCCUCGGGUACUACUACUUGGGGGUGGAAUAAUAAGCUUGGGCUGGUUGUGAAGGAGGAGCCGGGGGAGACUGAUGAGGACAAGGAGAUGGCUCAUGCUGGUAUGCCUAGGGAUAGUGAGAAAUUACGACAGCUGCAGGGAUUGAACCUGGGUGUUCGGGUUCAGUUUGAUGGUGAGGGGACUAUAUUCAAUCCGGUGAGCCUCACGCUUGGCCCUGACGACAGUUUGUUGUUCGCCGACAUGCACGGUAACAGCUGGAGUGCGUCUUCGCAGGGUGGGCGAGUGGUAGAGGUGAAUACUGGCCUCGCUAGUAAGGAGGUUGCUGUUGAUGGAGACGGCGUGUAUCGGUAUGAUGCUGGGAAGAAGAUCGGUAGACUCCCUGUGCCCUCGAGGGUCGGGGUGAGCAGUCGCUUGGUAGGGGCGUGUGAGGCUGUGGGGAAGGGCGUUAGGGCAGUUACUAAACGGGGGGAUGUUCUCUCGUGGGAUGCUGCGGGAAAGUGGACUGGCUUGUCGAGAAUUGAAGGGGUUGCAGAUCUUACUCUCCGUGAUUGUGUAUACGAUAAGGAGGGCCAGCUGUUGGUUUUAGGAGCUAGCACUGGACCUGCUGGUGGGGAGGCUGAGGUUUGGACGGUGGCGUGA